AACAAAAAUUCUCAUAUUUCCUAUUUCUUUUGUCAAUAUAUUUCUUUUUUCAAUCUUCAUUUCCUUCCACCAUACCAAAUUUAAAUCACAAAAAAAAACUUAUUUUAAUCAUUUAAUCUAUUUUGGUUUAUUUGUUUUCUAAAGUUUUAUUUUUCAGCUGGUUUUUAAUAAGAUAUUUGGUUUUCAGUUAAAAGUGCUUAGCAUUUCUUAGUUUUCUAUAGAAAUAGUUUGUUAUAAUCCGAUUAAAUUUUUUAUGGGUAAUGUGAGUGUAUUUUGAUGAUCUGAAUCUGGGUUUAAUUACUUUGAGAGAUUAUUGAAAAGGGGGAAAUUUGAUGUAAUAUUCGGGGGUAUAAAAAUCUGGGUUGUAUGAUAUUGUUUACAAGAUACCUGAUAAUGAUAAUCAAUUUUUGACUUUAUUGGUUUCGGUGGAUUUUUGUAUUUUGAUCCACCAAAAAAGAUGAUGAUUGCAAAAAAAGAUAUUUAGAUUUAAAAGGUUGUUUAAUUAAUUUUUAGGGGACCUAUUUCUUUGGUUUUGUUGGCCACUUUACGAUGGAUCUUGUGGUUGGUGGAAAGUAUAAAUUAGGGCGUAAGAUUGGAAGUGGUUCUUUUGGUGAGCUUCAUUUGGGGACCAAUAUAACGAAUGGCGAAGAAGUUGCUGUCAAGUUGGAAUAUGUUAAAACAAAGCAUCCACAACUUCAUUAUGAGUCAAAAUUAUACAUGCUUCUUCAAGGAGGGACCGGAGUUCCUCAUCUAAAGUGGUUUGGAGUUGAGGGUGAUUACAAUGUCAUGGUGAUCGACCUUCUUGGGCCUAGCCUUGAAGACCUCUUCAAUUAUUGUACCCGAAAGUUCACUUUGAAAACAGUCUUAAUGCUUGCUGAUCAACUAAUCAGUCGAGUUGAGUACAUGCAUUCUAGAGGCUUUCUUCAUCGUGAUAUUAAACCCGACAACUUUUUGAUGGGCUUGGGACGAAAGGCAAACCAGGCGUAUAUAAUCGACUAUGGCCUUUCUAAGAAAUACAGAGAUCUGCAAACUCACAAGCAUAUACCAUACAGGGAAAACAAAAAUCUGACGGGAACUGCUCGAUAUGCUAGUGUGAACACUCACCUUGGUGUAGAACAAAGCCGAAGGGAUGAUCUGGAAUCUCUUGGAUAUGUGCUUAUGUAUUUUAUGAGAGGAAGCCUUCCUUGGCAAGGAUUAAAAGCAGGGACUAAGAAGCAAAAGUAUGACAGAAUCAGUGAGAAAAAAAUGUUAACUCCUAUAGAGGUCCUUUGUAAGUCAUAUCCAACGGAGUUCACAUCAUACUUCCAUUAUUGUCGAUCGUUGCGAUUUGAAGACAAACCUGAUUAUUCAUACUUGAAGAGGCUAUUUCGAGACUUGUUUAUUCGAGAAGGCUAUCAGUUUGACUAUGUUUUUGACUGGACAAUAUUAAAGUACCCUCAGCUUCGUACCGGAUCAAGAUUAAAGAUACCUGCUGUAAAGACAUAUGGACAUGCUGGACCACCCACUGAGAGAGUGGAUAAACAUUCGGGGAAAGAGGUACAUGAACGAUUAAUUGGGACCGUUGAAGCCUUUUCUAGGAGAAAUUCUUCUAGUGGGUAUGCUGAUUCACCAAGACAUAAUUCAUCAGAAGUGAUGAUAUCCUCACCUGAUUCUCUGAGAGGUAGUCAUACCUCUACUCGGCCUAGUAACACAUCAAGGAAGGGUAUUGCUUCAAGCAGUAAGGCUAGCUCUUCUAAUGGACCUAGCGAACGAUCCAGUCGCUUUGUCUCAGGAAGUAGGCGGUUAUCCGCCCAUCAAAGAUUAAAAUCUGGUUCUGAACCCAGCAGGUUGGGAACCCCUUCUCGUCUCCCUGCCUCAAACAAAGGAAGCCUUGAUGACACAGUUCAAAACUUUGAGUUCCUUUCAAUUGAAAAAGAGAAGAUCAUAAAAUGACUAACUUCUCUAGGCUAAAAAUUCACCUAUAAAGAAUAGAUUUCCAUUGUUGUUUCUCAUCAUCCUUACUGGGAACUUACAACAAGAGUAAAGUUAGUAAUUGAUCAUUCCAAAAAUAGGAGUUUGCUUUCAAAUUUAUGUUUUAACUCAUUUGCGUCUCUUCAAAUCUCUUUUGUGCAAAUAUUUUGUAUCUCUUUGACUUCAAUUCACGUAACAUUUAUUUAUUCAUUUACUAGAUUGUACUCUAA